GCCCUGAGGCCACCUCGGGGAGGCGGGGAGACAAGAUAAAUGUGUCCAAAAUGACGAAGAUGUUUUUUUGUUGUUCAUUAGGACGUUAACGAUUUCAGAUGGUCUUGGGGAAACUUAAACAUCACAAGAUGGUUGCUACAUAUGGACAAUAUUUCCUGUUUGUUUUAUUACAAGGGAUCCUGGUGAAUGGUGGUUUGUGGAACUCCCGUGUGUCGUCCGACUCUGACAAUUUACCUGCAUUUGAUUAUAACCAUCUCGUGACGCAAUACAUAUCUGUUUGUGGAGUUACGAACUUGUGUAAUGAAUCACUUGUUAUGUCUUUUAACUUAACAGAUCACGAAUUAUCACACUCGAUCCUUUGUCCGGAAUGUUCCUGUGACGUAAACUGUUUUAAAGAUUCCAAUAUUCCCUGCUGCCCUGAUUUAUAUUUCAGGUACGGUGUACCACAAUGUCGAUCUGUAGAACUUGUCUACAAUACAGAGAGGAAUGUGAGUAAUUAUUACACUGUGAUAGACAACUGUCCAUCUGGGACCAACAAAAAACUGAAUGAUGAAUGUACAAAAGACAGAAAUCCUGCUGAGAUUCUUGUUUUACACCCAGUUUCAAGCAAAAAUCAUGAUUUGAGUUUCUGGAAUAAAUACUGUGCAACUUGUCACAAUGUGCUUGAUACCCUGCCUUGGUCUGUGUUUUUUCAGUGCAAAAAGAAUGUCGAUUUCAACUAUUUAUCUUCGUAUGAAAAAAUCAUUGAUACAGCGAACACAUCGCAUUGUUCGGUAACCUUUCAGGGCCGGGGUCAACAUUGUAUUCCCAAAUGUGGACAGGACCUGAUUUCUUCCUGCAAUGUCACAGGAACCUGGCAGACAUACGACUCAACAAUUGACAAAGCGUGCGGGAGUGGUUAUAAUUCAACUUAUAAUUUUGUGUUUAAAAACGUGUUCUGUUUUCUUUGUAACCCUCCAAAAUCAAGACAAAUAGCUCAAUACAAACAAAAGAAUUGCCCUGAUCCCGUUUCACUUUUUGGAAAACUGUGCAAGAGUUUUCCGACGACACCAAUAACCUUCCCUUAUAGCAAUAUCUUCUGUCUACUGUGUCAGGAGAAUGAAAUGGAAUUUGACACAGAAAUAAAAAUUACCGGACAAAUAAAGGAAGUGAAUAUAGAGUACUCCAUCGACAUAUUUCCAGAGACGUUUACUAAAAUGAUGCUUUUUCAAUCCGGUGCUGAAGAACAGUUACACGCGCGGGAGAAUUUUAAAACUCUGGAAGAGGUGGAACUUAAUAUAACAAAACUCGCCAUUAAACAUUUAGCUUAUUCUGGAGGAGGAUUAUGCUCAUCUGAGGUUUUGGACGAAGAUGUUAAGAACAUAGGAAGCGAGUGUUCAUGUGAUGUAAACUGUUUUAAGGAUUGCUGCAUUGACCAGGCGCUAAGGAAUCCCGUCACAUCCUGCAUUACUACUGACUUUCCGCCAAAAUAUACAAAAUAUGGCGGUUAUAGAAUAAUAGACAGGUGCUUAGGAACAACGUCAGAUGAAUGUCAUUCUAAUUCCAAGAAUUUAUUUCAAAAUAUACCAUUGACAAGUGUACAAAGCGGUGCAACAUACAAAAACGUAUUUUGUCAAUACUGCAACUCAAAUGGAAACAGUCUCUUAGAGUUGACUGAACAUUGGGGUUUAAAUGUUUCUUGUAAUCAAUUCAUAAAUCCUGAUUAUUUUCCAUCACUCCAAGGUUUUAUAAAUUCUCUGAAGGCGGCACGUUGUACUAUACGUUUGUUGCCACAUAAAUCCGCCAGGACGUGUGACAGAACUAAAGCAGACGUCAAUUUUUGUAACACCACCGGGUUGUGGUCAACCGAGGACAUGGACAUCAGGCGAGCCUGCGAGGAUUUAAAACCGAACCAUUUACCUUCAAUAGGACCCGCCCGAAAUAGCCAAAAAAGUUAUAAAAAUAUAUUCUGUCAGAUGUGCAACCCCGUGAAACAAGCACCAACGGAAAUAAUUGGGCAUUGUUAUAAUAGUACCGACGAGGUUGCGAGUUCACGGGCAUUGGAGUCAGCCUGUGGAAAGCUUCCAUUUGUGCAAAUGUCGUCUGACUAUAAGAAUAUUUUUUGUGAGAAAUGCAAUGGAUAUAAAACUGGAAAUGAAGCUAUAAAACCAACAGAUUUAGACAUUAUGCAAAGUCUUCUUCCAGCAGUGUUCAACGGAGAUUUUCGCAGGGAACAUGGUAAGAUGCCCAGCUACAGAACGAUAUUCUCCCUCAGUUCAUUUGAUGAAGAGGAUGAUGAUGAUGAUGACAAGAAAAAGGAAAUGACCUGUGUCUCUGACCAGCAUCUAGAUCAAUCUAAGAAUAUAUGCAGAAAUAAAACAUGUUUCCCGGGGAAAGUAUUGCGUAACAGUUCCUGUAUUUCACUACUUCCACAAACCAAAAACCUGAGAUACAUUCUGUAUUUCCGGGCGGACUUAAAACAAAUCGUAUCCGCUACACCAAACAUUGAAACAAUCUGCGGUGCUUUUCAUGAAUCUGUGUAUAACGUGCUGAAAAACAUUACACACUUAGAUGGCAAGUUCAUCAAGAUAGAAGAAUAUACAUGUCUUGCAAACAAAGACUGUGAUACUAAAGAAUUAUCAGGACUGCAGAUUUACAUACAGGUGGUAGUUUUUAUAUCAGGAAUGGUACACCGCUUAGAAACAGAGAGAAGCCUGGUAUCUUUCUCUAAUUCCUUUCAUAAUUUACCUAUUAGGAAUACUGUUUAUAACUUUUCCUUGAGUCAGUCUGGACAUUCCAAAUUGUUUCCGUUUUUCUCUAGACAUUGUAUUCAUAAGAAAAACAAAUCGAAGACCACUAACCCAGAAUACAGAAAAGUUUAUGUGAAUAACUUACUUCUUUGUCAACAAAUUCUUUUAAUUCCAGAGGAAUACACGUAUAAUGCCGCAACACAAAGUCUUCAGAUUAAGCAAUGGAACAUUUCUUUACCCCAUGAUCAAUUCUUAUUAACUGAAAAUAUGUCUGCAAGAGUAUGUGUUUUUAAUUCUACCAAACCUUUAACACCAGAGUUAGAACAGUUUGUGAUAGAUUCUUCCUUUAGUUUAUCGGUACUGACGUUUGUGUGUAUAAUAAUAUCUCUAGUGUGUCUCGUCAUAACCUUUAUAGUUUACUGUGUUUUUCAAUCUCUUCGAACACUACCCGGAUUGAACAAUAUGUCCUUAAUUGUUUCACUUUUCUUUGCUCAACUAAUGACAGUAAUAAGACCCUAUAUUCUGGACUUCCACACUGUUGCAGUGGUGACCUCAAUAACUAUGCAUUACUUUUGGCUGUGUGUCUUUUUCUGGUUAAGUGUCUGUUCAUUUCACAUGUUUCGUGUAUUUACCAGAAAUACUCACAAAAUUAAAAGUGAAAAAGACACUUGUCAUGCUAUCAUUAAGUAUGCUGCGUACGCUUUCGGUAUCCCAUGUUUGUUUGUAGUCAUUCACUUGAUUGUUAAUGUUACAGCGUCAGAGGGGACGCUUACAGGAUAUGAAAACAGGAAUGGUCUAGUAAACGACAAAAUUGCCUUUAUCGUCACGAUCAUAACCCCAAUGUUUUUGAUUUGCUUAAGUAAUUUCUUUUUCUUUGUCGUCACUGCCUACCGGAUACGAAAUACUCCGCAUGCGCAGAAGAACCAGAAGCAGUCUGUGGAGGUGUGGGUAUAUGUAAAGCUGUUUGCCCUGACUGGCUUAACAUGGAUCUUUCAGAUUGUAGACGCUUUCCUCUCUGUUUCCUUCCUUUCUUACAUUGUCGCCAUUCUAAAUGGACUUCAGGGAUUGUUCCUGUUUCUAAGCUAUGUCUGCAAUGGACGAGUCUUACGAAUGUGCUGUGAAAAAAGGACAAAAAAUUCAUCGGGAUCGGUAUCCUCUACACACCUUAAUUCCUUAGUGUCUACGAAAAAAUCUACAAAAUUCUAGUCAAAUUAAUACUUUUUUCUUAUGAUUUAACUAUUCUUUUUACAAAAUGCAAAGCAUUUUAAAAGUAUAAUUUAUUUAAAUAUUUUUUUUUAUUAUUGUACGCUUUUUAAUUGCAUUAUUAUCUUUGU